UAUUGGGCGCGUGGAUGUUAGCAUAAGAUAUUUUCCAUUGUAAAAGCAAGCUAAAAAAGAAACAAGUACUAAACUGGAAUCAUGAAAAAAUUAAAUUUAUUUUACAUAUUUGUAAUUUUCAGUACUUUAACAAGCAGAACGGUUGACGCUGGUCUGCCGAUUCUAGGGAAGGUGGUGGAUGUGGUAGCGUUUGGAUUAGAUGUCUACUCCUUUUUUGACUCUAUGCUAGGAGAUGAUGAGACACAGAGUACCCCGGCACCUAUAGAUUAUGACAGGAUAAUUAACAGAAUAUCGGAGAGAAUAGAAAUGUCAACAGAAUCCAUUGUUUUUAGAAUUGAGGUGCAAGCAUAUAUCUCGGAACUACGUAACGUUGCUCUUACUAUCAAACAACUUCUUGCAGAGAUGGAGGACAUUGUCAGAACUAAAAACAAAGAUACAAGAGAAGAGUUACAGAGACGGUUUCGCAAUAACUUUGACAGGAAUAAAAUUGAAAUGGACAAAGUAAAAAGCCUAUUAACUUUCAAAGUUGAGGUGUCGGGGAUUUCCAGCACAUUGCUGUCACUUAUUGCAAAUGAAUUUGAAUGCGGGAUGACGAGUUUAGAAGAGUUUCAAAAUUAUUAUAUGUCACUGGUUUCGGAUGUAGUAGCACUGGCUCUUUUAAAUGAGAAGCUGUCAGAAAAUAGUCUUUAUAAUGAAACCAUCACAUCUUGGCAAACGGCAAUAAGAUCUCUGUUUUAUGACAUGGAAAAACAGAAAGAGGAAUGUAAAGAUAAAUUCUUUGAACUGAUAACGAAAGACCUCAUCCGCAUCAAUGAUCCCUUAGACCUUUUUGAAAAUAACAAACAUAAAUACCCAUACCAGGAAACCGACGUUCUGUAUCUCGGCGGCAGUUAUUGUUUGUGGAGUCUAAAGGCUUAUGAGAAACUGUUAAACAAAGGGAAAGGCGGUACUAUGACUUUUGUUUUUAUAAACGACGAGGAGAAUGUAUUAUCCCACACCUCAGAGCAGCUCCAGAAAGUUGUAUCAAAUGCCAAAUAUGGGAACUGUUUAGACGAUACCGGCAAGAUCUUAUCUUACUUUGAUGUUUUGGGCAAAGAUCUAGUCUUUUGGCUGAUGUACCCACAAGGCCAGGCUGCCGAAUUCAAAAUUUUGCUCAAUCAUAAUUCAACCGCGAGUACAAUAAGCACUGAAUCAGACGGCACCAAAUACACGACAGUUUUUUACCUACGAUCGAAGGACCCCAGUACCAACUCAACUCUCAGCCCUAGUGAUUUUGAUGUUAAAUCUUACGAAAAGACUGAUGAAGUUGAUGAAUCGCCUGGACUAAAGACAUGGCAGCUGGGCGUCAUAAUCGGUGGUUCAGUUCUGGUGGUCGUCGUAAUUUUAACAGUACUGAUUUGCAAAUGUCGUUAGAGGAAAUACUAAAAACUAAUAUUUGAGACUUCAGUAAAAAAAAAUUAGAUGUUUUAUUAAAAACGGUAGAGACACACCUCAUGCUUGGUAUUCAGUCCUGUUACACUUGACUUUAGACGGACUGUAACGCUGAACCCUUACCCUGCUAAAUUUCUAUAAUGAACUUGUCCGUCUUUCAAUUUGGACAGUAUCAUUAACUGUAAAAAUGGGUGCUUACCAAAAAGAUGCUGACUGAAUGUAAACGGUGCAGAUCAUGAUCAGACUGCAUGGAUGUGCGAUUGCACGGAUGAUCAGGCUGAUCAUGAUCUACAAUGAUCGUAAAGGCAGAAUUUAUCGUGUCCAGCAUGAUAAGGGUUAAGUAAUGAAAUAUUAUUCGCUAAAUCUUUCAAUAAGAUAUGUAUCUUUUCUGUUAUAACAGGAAGUAUAUAAACCUAUAAAUGUUUGGAAAGGUCUGGUGAAGGUCAAAACAGACAAAACAUACUAUUUGUACAGCGAUACGCUUUUAAGAGCUGCGUUCUUGAAUUUUGGCUUUUCGCACUGGAUACUAAUGCCUAUCAUACCACAGUUUUGUUUUAUUGUUUUCUAUAAAACUUGAUAAAAUUUAUAAUUCA